GCUUGGACGAACAUCUCUCCAGCUAUUUUUCUUGGGAAACAAAUCACAUCGACCGUAGGAAAACAUGAAACCAAACCGGAUCGUAUACAGAUUCCCGACUUUGACCCAGUAAACGCGUGCGUCUCCUGCUCCCGAUCAAUAUAACUACGCAGAGCCCCGCCUCAACGAUCCACCAGAGCGCACGAUCGAACUCGUCGCGGCAGCCAACCAGCAAUGGCGCUCAAGGGGCCGUCGUCGUUCGCGAAGCAGCCGCGGAAGUCGUGGCGCGCGAAGCUGAUGACCCUGGAGGUGACCGUACUGUCCGGAGAAGGUCUUCACGGGGUGGCUCUGGCGCCGCCGCUGCAUCGCGACGCGUUCGCCGCGGUCAACACAGACUCGUCGGCCGCCCGUACCGGCUUCAACGACGAGGACGGCGACUGCAACGGGUACCCCUACUGGGGCGAGGCGGUGCGCGUGACGGUGCCGGAGCAGUCGAGGACGAUCGACGUGGAGAUCUACGGCCAGAGGGGCGACGGCCGGCAGGAGUUCGUGGCGGCGGCGCUCGUGCCCGUCGCGGACUUCCGCGCCGGCCCGCCGGGCCACCUGCAUUGCCUCAGCUACCGGCUGUUUGACACCGGGUUCAUGCUAAAGACCCGUAACGGCAUCGUCAACAUCACCGUCAAGAGGCUCGACGGCGCGCAGGCCAGUGCGACGGCGGGCGAAGGGAAAGGCGCGAAGGCUGCGGAGGAUGCCGCUAAGUGGCAUUAGUAAUUCCUGCUGCGGUAGGUGACGAACGCGGCGGGCGCGCCACGGGCCCAUAUGCAGUGAUGGGCAACCCCGUCGAGGUAUCUGCUGCUGCACAGGUUAACGGAAAAGGGCGUCUACAAGCAGAACUAAUUGAUGGGGUUUCGAUGCUACAUUCUCCUUGAUCAUUACAAUGUAAAUCAUGAUGAUAUUGCGAUUGUAAUUGUCAUGGUGUUAAUUAGCUUAAAUCAAAAACAAAAAAAACUUAAAUCAGAUUUCAAAUCAUGAUUUAUACGGUGCUCGAAAAUUACGAUUUUCCAUCUACGUCAUUUGGCUAGGUUUAUUUUCUGAACAAUUUCUUUAAACCAGCUUUGUCAAAUAAAGGAAAGGUCAAUUUACAUA